AGCGCGCGGGGCGGGGGCCGCGGGGCCCCGUGAGACGCGCGGGCGGGCGCGCGGCAGCCGAGCAGAGGCGCGGCGGCUGGACGCGGCGGCCGCGAGGCCAGACCGCCCGGGCGGCGUGCGCGCUUUGUUCCCGCGCGGGCUGCCGAGCCCAGAGGCAUGGCCCAAGCGGCCGCCCAGCGCGCCCGGGCCCCGCCGCGCGCCUGAGCCCGGCGCGGCGCGAGAGGACGGCGGGCCGAUCGCCCCCAAGUUACGGAGGUGGGGACGGAGUCCGAAGGCAAAGCCUCUUCGGGAGCCGGGUGGCGAGGGAGCGACCACCCGCCGCGCGCUGGACCUCGGGACCCGGACAGGAAGGAGAAGACUGCAGCAAUGCCCGACUCCCCCACGGAGGUGAAGACCCAGCCUCGGUCCACACCCCCCAACAUGCCGCCCCCUCCGCCCGCCGCGUCGCAGGGUGCCACCCGUAACUCCUCCUUCACGCCUCACACGUAUGGAGAGGACGGGCCUGCGACAUCACUGCCCCACGGCCGUUUUCAUGGCUGCUUAAAGUGGUCCAUGGUCUGCCUCUUGAUGAACGGCAGCAGCCACUCACCCACGGCCGUCCACGGCACCCCGUCCACGCCCAGCGGCUUCAGCAAUGGCCCGGCAGCCUCGUCCACGGCGGCACUGCCCGCGCAGCGUCUGCCCCCGGCCUGCGGGGCGCGCCAGCUCAGCAAGCUAAAGCGCUUCCUCACCACCCUGCAGCAGUUCGGCAGUGACAUCUCCCCGGAGAUCGGGGACCGCGUGCGCACGCUGGUGCUGGGGCUGGUGAACUCGACGCUGACCAUCGAGGAGUUUCACUCCAAGCUCCAGGAGGCCACCAACUUCCCCCUGCGGCCCUUCGUCAUCCCCUUCCUGAAGGCGAACCUGCCUCUGCUGCAGCGGGAGCUCCUGCACUGUGCCCGCCUGGCCAAGCAGACGCCCGCCCAGUACCUGGCCCAGCACGAGCAGCUGCUGCUGGACACCAGCGCCCCCUCCCCCGUGGACUCCUCCGAGCUCCUGCUGGAAGUCAACGAGAACGGGAAGAGGAGGACACCCGACAGGACCAAAGAGAACGGGUCAGACCGUGACUCCCUGCACCCUGACCACCUCAGCAAACGGCCGUGCACCCUGAGCCCCGCCCAGCGCUACAGCCCCAGCAACGGGCUGCCCCACCCCACGCCACCCCCGCCCCAGCACUUCCGCCUGGAGGACAUGGCCAUGGCCCACCACUUCCGCGACUCCUACCGCCACCCUGACACCCGGGAGCUGCGGGAGCGCCAUCGGCAGCUCGGGGCAACGGGGUCGCGGCAGGAAGAAGUGAUUGACCACAGGCUCACUGAGCGCGAGUGGGCCGAGGAGUGGAAGCACCUCAACAACCUCCUGAACUGCAUCAUGGACAUGGUGGAGAAGACACGGCGGUCACUCACAGUGCUGCGCAGGUGUCAGGAGGCCGACCGGGAGGAGCUUAAACACUGGAUCCGGCGCUUCAGCGACACGGAGGAUGUGAAGAAGGGCCCCCUGCCCGCUGCCACCCGCACCCUCAACAGCUCCGCCAGCCCCGAGGGGUCUCAGCUAGAUGUCCACCGGGAAUUUAUGCCUCGGGCCCUCUCUGGCUACAUGCCAGAGGAGAUCUGGAGGAGAGCUGAAGAGGCUGUGAACGAGGUGAAGCGGCAGGCGAUGUCGGAGCUGCAGAAGGCCGUGUCUGACGCGGAGCGCAAAGCCCACGAGCUCAUCUCUACAGAGCGCGCCAAGAUGGAGCGGGCCCUGGCGGAGGCCAAGCGCCAGGCUUCUGAGGACGCCCUGACCGUCGUCAACCAGCAGGAGGACUCCAGCGAGAGCUGCUGGAACUGCGGGCGCAAGGCCAGUGAGACGUGCAGCGGCUGCAACGCCGCACGCUACUGCGGGUCUUUCUGCCAGCACAAGGACUGGGAGAAGCACCACCACGUGUGCGGCCAGGGCCUGCAGGGGCCCGCAGCCACCGUGGCCGACUCGCUGCCUGCGCAGCCCAGCACCACCGCCAGCCCCAGCGAGGCCGGCUCUGCCGGGCCCUCCCGCCCCGGCUCCCCCGGCCCCCCUGGCCCACUGGACGCUGCCGUGCCCCGCUGACCCCUCCCAGGCAGGCCCAGAUGCCCAGCACAUGGACGCUGUGCCCACCGCCCACCUGGCCCCUCGGAGUGGCCAGCUGGAGUCACUGCUGCUACUGCUUCUCUCCAAAAGAAAACAGAACCGAAAAACCCACAGCGUCACGGCCUCCGCAGCUCGGGGGUCCCGCCACGACCGCCGACUGUCCCAUCUUCUCAGCAUCUCCAGAAGCCUCCGCCGGCCCACCGACCCAGCAGCAGCCCCGUGCGGGGAGCAGCCCUGCGGCGAGCGGCCCUGCGGGGCUCUGUCUUGCGCUCCGACACUCUCCAUGCUGAAAAGUCUCGCUGGGGCUUAUGUUUUCAGUGAAGAAUUUGGGGGGGUUUCGUUGGCAAAAGAGCUACUCAGACACAGACAAGGAAGGCUGUGGGGACCCCCCUCUUGUUAAAAAGGGAAUAAAACUGUGAUUUUCGUAGCCGGAGACCUGGACUCACUGCACCGGCCUCCCGGCGGCCAGCAGGUGCACAGGAACUGUGGAGCACAGCGUCCUCCCGGGGAGUGUUUCUGGUUUCAGGUUUUUUUCUUCCUUUCAUGUCAAAUUCUUUGGCUUUAAGUAACAAUCCAAAAAGUCUUUUAUAAAGGCCAAGGAAGCAUACCCGUAAACUACCUUGCCAGCUAGCCAGCCAAGGAUACCGCACACACCUCCGCAAAGGAAACCCAAAAACAGGAGAAGCCCGGCCCGGGCGUUUCUGUCACUGCCAAAGUGCUCUUUUCGCAGUCCCCCACCUCGGGUUUGUUUGGAUGCUGGUCUCUUAUUUCAGUUCUGGUUUUGUCUGGGGUGUCGGGAUACUGGGGUUUGGCGCGCUCUGCUGUCUUCUUAGCUGAUGGUCGCACUGAGUGAAGGCAGGAGGCUCUGGGCAGGCCCCUGUCCCUGAGCCCCGUGACCUGUGUGCGCCAGCCUGCGCUGCAUCCCCAGGUGCGGGAAGGACACCUGCUCUGUCCCCACACCUUUGUGAUGUGUCACAUUGCAUUUCCCACUGUGAACAGAAAGUGCUAGGGUGUUCUUCCCAGAAAGAGAAAAAUCCUGAAACAACACCGUGACAAUCUUUUGGGUUGAGUAUUGACUGCUUUUCGAAGCUCCUGAGAACCCGCUCUGGUUUUCCUCUACCUCUGCUCUGCGCCCGCCCACCUCCCUGGUAGCCCCAACACCACCCACCCAGAGUCUCCCUGCAGCUACUCUUUCUUCCAAAACUUUUGCAGAAAACAGAAGAAAAAGUCCACAAAAAAAGCACCCGCCCUCACCACCCGACUCAGAUGUACAUAACCCUGAGUUCCACCAUCACUGGGCAUCCUGCCCACGCUGGCCCUCGCCCACCCGCCACUCUGCCACCCAAGGAGGAAAGGAGGGACGUCCAGGCCCCGCCACACUGAGUGGAGGACAGACCCGGCUCCCAACCUCACUGCUGUGCAUCGCUGUGAAAAGCACCCAGGACAAGUGCAAUACGCAGUGGCCGGCCCCUGCUGCGUCCAGGGGCCCUGCCCAGGGCCCAGUGCGCGUGAAUGUGAAUGUACGUAGUUUCACAGAGGUCCAAAAAAGUGGUAUCCGCAAUGGCGGUGAUGAGAAGAGAUGUUUGCCAAAUAAAAGAAUUAAGAGAAACCUUGGAAGCACGUGACCUUAGAACAGUUCUCAGGAAACCUGGACCACGGCCCUCGCGAGCAUGGCUGCCCUGUGGCGGCUUCCUUGCGGUCAUGAAGUUUGCUCUGAGUUAGGAGGAAGGGUCCCAGCCGGAGCCCUGCGGAACCCAGCCUGACAGCAGCUCCUGGCUCUGAAGGCCAAGGUAGACCUGCGUCCUCUGGAGGUCCAGCCCUUGUACUGGUAGAGGUGUGCUCCUGUGGGUCAGAGACGCAAGGACCUGAGAGGGGGCAGCUCUCCAAGGCACGGGGAAGCAGCAGGUCUCGUGUCCAGCUACGACUCAUAGGCGCAGAGCGACAUGCCCAUGCUCACGGAGGGGCCCCUGCCUCCUGGGGGGACACCUCCCUCCCCACUUACGCCCCCCCAGUGCUGGGU